GCUGAUUGGCUGAUCUCUGUUUCCUUUGUGGCGGCAGUUCGCGUCCGGUUCGCGAGGAAACUCCGAAGCACAAAAAGAAAAAAGAAGCGGACAGCUCACAGGAAGCGGAAAUCCGGAAUUUAAUCUUAUAUAGCAGAGUGUGUGUGUGAGAGAGAGAGAGAAAAAGAGAGAAAGAUUUGGAGAUUAACUGUGUAUGUGGAGUUCUGUGUGAGCGGAACCUGAGAGCGACGAUCUUACUGUGAUCUGAGCUAACAGGCUAAUGCUAGCGUAGUGUGUGUGCGCGCGUGUUUUUAGAGCAGUAGUUUCGUUGUGUGUGUGUGUGUGUGUGUGUGUGUGUGUGUGUGUGUGUGUGUGUGUGUGUGUGUGUGUGUGUGUGUGUGUUGCGGUGAUGGCGAGCUCGGCCCUGUACGCCUGCACCAAGUGUAACCAGCGCUACCCGUUUGAGGAACUCUCUCAGGGACAGCAGCUCUGCAAGGAAUGCCGGAUUGCCCAUCCCAUAGUGAAAUGCACCUACUGUAGAACCGAGUUCCAACAGGAGAGCAAAACAAACACCAUCUGCAAGAAAUGUGCACAGAACGUCAAACAGUUUGGAACACCAAAGCCUUGUCAGUACUGUAACAUCAUCGCAGCCUUCAUUGGGACAAAGUGUCAGCGCUGCACUAACUCUGAGAAGAAGUACGGCCCACCACAGACCUGUGAGCAGUGUAAACAGCAGUGUGCCUUCGACAGGAAGGAGGAGGGCCGGAGAAAGGUGGAUGGAAAGCUGUUGUGUUGGCUCUGCACACUCUCGUACCGCCGCGUUCUACAGAAAACUAAGGAACAGCGUAAAGGCCUUGGCUCGUCUCAUUCCAACUCCUCAUCACUCAGCGACAAGGAACACCGUCACCAUCAUCGCCACAGCACCUCACACAAACUGAGCAGCAGUUUGAGUCCGGAGCAAGAGCAACGACUGUGGGAACAGAGCCAUAAAUCAUCAUCCAUUCAGAAGGAAACACCAAAGAAGAAACCCAAACUGGAGCUGAAACCAUCCAAUGGAGACAGCUCUAUAGCGCAGUCAAUGGACUCAGGUGGGACAGAUAACUUCAUCCUGAUCAGUCAGCUGAAAGAGGAAGUGAUGUCACUGAAGAGGCUGCUGCAGCAGAGAGACCAGACCAUCCUAGAGAAGGACCGGAAGUUGACUGAGCUGAAGGCUGAUUUUCAGUACCAGGAGUCGAACAUGCGAGUGAAGAUGAACAACAUGGAGAAAGCUCAUAAAGAGGCCAUGGAGCAACAGCAGGCGAAGAACAGGGAGUUGAUGAAACAGGUUGCUGCUCUCUCUAAAGGAAAGAAGCUCGAUCGCACCAGCAGCUCCCUUUUGUUACCAUGACGACCACCUCUCACCCACACAUCACCAUGUGUUAUCACUGUGAGGAAGCUGAGGCCGUAUGAGUCGCAUCCAACAGCCCCCCCACCCCAAUCCAAUACCCCACUCACACACAUUCACAAACAGACAACUUGUCUAUCUCUACAUCUGUAUUGACCCCCCCCCCCCCUUCUCCCUCCCUGUUUCCCUCUCUUCCCAUCUGCUGUCUCUAUUCUUCCCCUAUCAGUCUUCCUCUCCCAAUCCUGUCCUGAUCCUGUUUGCUGUCUCUUUCUCCAUCUCUGAUUAUUCUGUCCCUCUUCUGGUGAUACCACUAAUGAUGUCAUGUAUGCAGUCCUGCCCCAAUCAUGUGACUUGAGGGGUUAUGCUGUGGACAAACUUGGUGGCUGGGCACACCGACCCUGCAGGACACACACACACACACACACACACACACACACACACACACACACACCAUAUGUCUGUCUAUCUGCAGAGAGUGACUGUACAGCUGCCUGUCUCUCUGCCUGUCUGCCUACAUAUGGGUGGGUUUUUAAUCGCCGCAAUGAUGAGGAUUUUAUUAUUCUGUUUAAAAAAGAAUUGUUAUUCAUAUUAUAGGACUCUCUCUCUCUAUUUCUCUCUCUCUAUCUCUCUAUCUAUAUAUUAUAAGUCUUUGUACUGUGACACUUUUGUAUUUUUUAUUUUGUCCUCCAGAGUGUGGAAAUUUCAGGAACAAUAAAACUUUUAAAACUUU